UAUGUAAUCAUAAUUUACAAAAUCAACAAUUAUUAUUAUUACAAAAUAAAAGGAGUUCAAGUGUUGGUAGUACAAGUAGUAGUAGUAAUUGUGAUACAUUAUCAUCUAUAUCAGCAUUAUCACCAAUAAAAAUGCCAUCACCAAUAUUACCAUCACCAGCAUCAAUAUUAAUUGAUAGUGGACGUGGUAGUGCAGCUAGUAUAACAUCAAGUUUAAAUGGUAAUGAAAAUUUAUUAUCAACAUCAAUAAUUACAACACCAACAACAACAACAACAAUACCUAUAUUAACAUCACCAAUACAUACUUCAUUAUUAACAUUAUCAACGAAUAAUAAUGAUAAUAUAAAUAAUAAUGAAAAUGAAAAUCUACCAAUAUCAUCAUUACCAUCAUCAGUAUCAUUAUCAUCUUCAAUAUCUUCAACGCUGUCAUUAUCAAAAUCUAUAACUAAUUUAUCAUAUUCAUCAUCAAUAUCAGCAACAAAAAUAUGUUCAAAAUCAAAAUCAUUAAAUGGUAUUAAUAAUAACAGUAAUAGUAAUAAUAAUAAUGAUAUUGAAAUAGAAAAUUCAACAAGUAAAUCAUUAUUAGGAUCAACCGCAACGCAAAUAUUAUCAACAAAUAAUAAUAAUAAUAAUAACAAUAAUAAUAUACCAUCAACAUUACCACCAAUAAUACAAUCCGGACAAAUAACAAGAAUUCAACAGAAUCAACAACAACAACAACAGCAAACUAAUAAUAAUCAUAAUAAUAAUAUAAAUUCUAAAAAUAAUUCUAAUACAAAUGGUGGUAUUACAGGAAUUGAUACAAAUAUUGUUGCACAUGCUGCUGCAGCAGCUGUUGCUGAUAGAACUAUUGCUGCGGCUAAUUUUGCACAAAGUUUUGCUUUAUUACAACCACAUUUUCAUAAUAUGUUUUAUGCAGCACAAUUAUUUUCCGGAGGCUACUAUCAACCGGCUGGUCCCUUGAUUCAUUCUCAUGUUAUUGCUCCACCAUCCCAAAUAGGUACUGGAAUUCAACCAGCUGCACCAGUAGCCAUCAAGCAAUUACCAAAUACAAUAGAUGUUACACCUGAUAACGAAACACAAUUACAACAACCUCCACAAUCAACAUCAGCUGCUGAAAGUACAGAUAGCGAUGUUUUAAUAACUGGUGGUGAUUUAGCAACAUUCCGAUAUCCAUCAUCAAUAGGUGGACCAACACAAAAUCAAAACUCACAACAAGCAAAUAAUACAAGUUCAGUAUCACAGCAACAAUUGUCUGUCUUAGCUACAGCACAACAGCAACAACAACAAGCUGCAGCUGCUGCUGCGGCUGCGGCAGCUUAUACGAGAUCAAUGCAUCAGAUGCAUUAUCCAUCUGCAUAUCCACCCGGUUAUUAUUCACCAUAUCAUCCAGGGGAAGUAUGUUAUACUACCCCAUAUCAACCAUAUUUUCCGGCUUCAAAAAGUUAUAGCCAAGCAGCAGCUGCUGCGGCAGCGCAUCAUCAAUAUCGCCGAUAUCAACCAACUGGACCAUAUUAUCAACCAGGUCCACCCCCUGGACCACCCGCAACAGAUUUAUAUGUGGAUCCAACACAAGGAACUGGACCAAAUCAACCUCCAAACAGUGCACAGAUAGCACAAUCACAACAAACCCAACCACCACCAAGUGGACAAUUAGUGCCAGCUGGACAGGCAUUACCGCCUUUACCACCACCCCCACAACACAUGGAUCAUUAUCCAGGUCCACCUAGUUUUUACACGGGCUAUAGUCCUGGUGGUGGAGGAGGAGGCUCCGGUGGCGGGGGCAAUAACAAUCAAUGUUUUUCACGCGGUUUGCAGCCCUCAUAUAUUGAAUAUCCACCCGCAUGUCCGUGUCCAAUGCAAUCGUGUCCAAAAAACGUCCUUACUGGGCCUCUUAUUGGUAGCAGCAACAACAGCAAUCUAAUGGUGAACAACAGCAACAACAACAGCAACACAAUGAACAACAAUCUGACGAAUUCGGCAACAAUUAUGAAUACGUCGGGGGACAUGAAAAUGUUGAAUAUCAACAAUACGAUGAACAGUUCACCAGCAGCUAUGAUCAACAAUAAUAACAUGAAUUUAUCUGCAAUGAACGGCAAUAUGAUUAAUAAUCCAAUGAAUAAUAUUGCUGGCAACAACAACCAAAAUCACAAUAGCUACCAUCACAACCAUCAUACAAAUAACACACAAAACCUUAAAUCCAAUAAGGGCCCAGUAAAAAAUCAUAAUUUAACAAAUAGUAAUAAUAAUUCAAUUGAUAUUGCUGCAUCAUCAACGAUCAACCAUCAACAUUUGCAUCAUCGUCAUUUACACGCGUGCAAAAUCGAAAUCACUGAACCACCACCAUCUACUACAUCAACAAUGGAAAUGAAAACUGAAAUUCCGGAUGGUAUUAUUACAAAUGAUUUAAUAACAACAGGAAAUGCAACUGCACAAUGUAUUUCAGGAGUUGCAGGAACGUCAACAUCAACAAAUUCACUGUCAUCCGCAAUUACUAGUCAUGUUGUCAGUAAUAAUAAUAAUAGUAAUAACAGUAAUAAUAACAUUUGUAAUAUCAAUAAUCUUAACAAUAAUAAUAAUAGUGUUGGUAUUAGAACGAUAAGCAGCAGUGAUAAUAAUUGUAGAGAUUCUCAUCAAUAUGAGAAUAACAGUAGUAAUAAUAUUAUUAAUACCAAUAAUGAUAAUAGUAACAGUAUAAAUAAAAAUAGUUCUAAAACAUUAUCACCUCCGAUUAAAAGUUAUACCGUUAAUGAUAAGUUAUUAGAAUUAGAGAGAGAAAUGACAAUUAGUCCAGCUAGAGGUUCAACAGGUUUACCAACAAUACCAGAUUCAACUGAAAAGGCAGCUACUAUAACACCAGCUGCGGCCAAUUUAGAAAAUGUACCAUCAGUUCAAUUAACAAUUGAGGAACAGCAAAGAAUUGAACCAAUUUUAUCAGGAUCUCAAAAUUGUAAUUUAAUUGGUCGCAAAGCUAGAAUUGGUAAAACAAUGGCAAGAGAAAUGAUGUAUGGACCAGCAGCCGCAGCUGCUAUAGCACCUAAUAUUCAACAUCAACAUCCGAAUGCUCAAGUAUUUAAUCAACAUAAUGCAAAUUUAUUUUUAAAUCAUCCAAGUCAAUUCGCAACACCUGCUGAAUCAAUUAUACAACCAAAUUCAAACAAUACUACACAACUUAGUCAUCCGAUUUCAAGUUGUAAUUUAACAGCAAAUACACUUAAUGCAAGCACAAUACGUUUUCCGUCAAGUAUAGGACAACCUAUAAAAACUGAAAAUAUCAAAACUGAAGAUGAGGAUGUUGUUGUUAUAUUAGAUGAUGAAAAACAAGUAAUUAAAAUUGAGGAACCUGAUGUUUUUGAAGUUUUCGAUGAUAAAAUUGAAAUGCUAUCUGAUGACUCAAUGUUUAAAGAUGACAUUAAACCUGACACAAGUAAUUUACAACAUUCAUCUGGAUUGUUAUCAUCAAUAAGAAGAAUGAAAAUUCUAGAAUCAUCAAAAUCGACCAAAAAAUCACCUCAAAAUGGUUACAAAAGUCUUAUUAAACAAGCUGAACCAAAAUCAUACUUAUGUCUUAGCCGAAGAUUAGAUAGAAGAGACCGUUUCAAAGCUUUAAAACAAUCAUGUAAGAUUGGUAUUAAAAGAAGAAAAUUAGUAUUAACAGAAGAACAGAAACAAAGAUUAAAAGAUCGUAAGAAGAUCAGAAUUUUGGAGAGACGGAAGCUAAAAGAACAACAGAUGGAAGCAAGAACUAAUGAAUUGUUAAAUAAAGUGCAAAAAUCUCCAGUACAAAUUAUAGAGAACGACGAUGCUGAUGUUAUUAUAACAUUAUCAGAUAAUGACAAAAGUGACACAAUUAUACAGGAGAAUAGCACUUUGGAAAAUAAAGUUGAAAAAGAAAAUGUAACAACACCACCAUGCAAUGUCGAAAGUCAUCCUGAUAAGUCUAUUAUGAAUCAGGAUAAUAAUGAAGCUAGUGAUAUUGAUAAAAUUAUUAAUAACAGACAAGAGCAUCUUAAAACUCCAUUAGAUUUAACAAUUGAAUUAGUAGCAAAAGGUUAUUUUUCAGAACCAGAACUACGAUCAGCCUCUGUAUUAUCAAAGUCAUGUCGUAAAAUGAAAAAAUCAAAGAAGCCUGAAGCAAGAUCAAAAUCUGAAACAAAUGAAAACAAAACAUCUUCAACUGAUGCAUUAUCAACCAAAGAGAUUUCUAAUAACUUAAGUGAUAGUUUACAAUCUGAUUUAGAAAAUAUUAAGAGUCAUUCUGAAAAUGAACAUGAUGGCAAAAAGAAUAAUUUAUUAGAAAAUAAUUUAUCCUCAACUACCUCAUUAAAUAAGAAAAAGAAUAUUUCCAAAUUAACAAAAUUAAAAUCCAAGAAAUCAAAUUUAAUUCCAACAUCAUCAUUAUCGUCAUCACCUGUAUUUGUUGAAUCAAAAUCAAAUAACAGUAAUGACAUUAAUAUUAGCAGCGUACCUGUAAAAUUAACAGAUUCUGCUGAAUUAAAUGAACUCGACAAGAAUAAUACAGCAACAACAAAAGCGCUUUCCCUCUCAACAUUUAAAGCAAAAACAAAAACCUUUAAUAAGAAAAAAUUUAUUUCAACAACAAAGAAAUUUACCACAGAUAAUAAUAUUAAACGUUCUUCUAUGUUAACAUCAAAAACUUCACCACAUUCACUUUUUAGCUUUGAAAACAAUAGUGAAGACACAAACCAAAUAUUAAAUAAUACUGAAGCAAUUGCAAAUAAUAAUAACAUCAAUGUGGAAACAAGUAAUAAUAACAAUUCAACCACAAUAUUAUCGUCAUCAUCAUCGGUAUCAUCAUCAUCAUCAUUAUCAACUUCAUCAUCAAUAUUAGAAGCAACAAAUGAAGUUCCUAUAAUAAAUUUGAAUGGGAAACAAAAUUUAUUAGCAAAGACAAUUUCAGAAUAUAAUAACAAUAACAAUAAUAAUAACGAUAUUAUUAAUAACAACAACAACAAUAAUAAUUCCUUAUCAAUUGAAUAUUCGAUUAGUGAUGAUAAAAAUAAUGAAAAUGAGGCCAGUAAUAUUAAUAAUACCACAGCUAGUGAUAGUUUCAAUUUAAAUAGUAAUGAUAACAGUAAUAAUAAUUUAACAUUAACUCAUUCUAAAAUUGCUUCAACAUUAGUACAAAAUAAUAAUAAUAUAAGUUCAGAUGAUUAUUUUAUUGAACAAAAUCAUCAAUGUCAAAAUUCCUCUCAAUUUAAUAAUCAUUAUCAUCAUUAUCAACAUCAUCAUCAUCAUCAAGCGCAAAAACGUAAAACAUCAAGAGCACGUUUUGGUAAUAGAAAACGUCCAAGACGUCAUGCAAACGAACUUGUUGAAACUGCAAUAAUACCUCGAAAAGCAAAUGCUGUGCCAAAAUGGAAUAAUGGUUGGUCAUGGGAUGGUGAACCUUUCCAGGGAAAAGUAUUUUUAAAUAGCGAUGAUCCAUUAGUUUUAAGAACAUGUUAUCCUGCAAUGAAACAUUCUGAAGGAGAUAUCAUAAGACCAAGAGAUUGUGUUUUAUUAAGAGCUGGAACAAAAAAGAAUGAAUUACCAUAUGUAGCAAAAGUAGCACAUCUUUGGGAGAAUCCAGAAGAUGGUGAAAUGAUGAUGUCAUUAUUAUGGUAUUACAGACCUGAACAUACAGAACAGGGAAGACAAGAAAUUGAUUGUUCAGAUGAAGUAUUUGCUUCGAGGCAUAGAGAUCAUAAUUCGGUUGCCUGUAUUGAAGAUAAAUGUUAUGUUUUAACAUUUAGUGAAUAUUGCAGAUAUCGUCGCACAAUACGUGCCAUUGAAGAAAAUAUUGAAGAACCAAUAUCAAUAGUUCCACCAUUACCAAAUCAUAUUAAUCCAAGGGAGGUGCCACCAAGUACAAAUCCAGAACAAGUAAUGUUCUGUCAACGUGUUUAUGAUUUUCGUUUAAAAAGACUAAUGAAAACCAACUAGCAUAAAGACCAAAAAUCAUCAUUCUUUAAAAGAUUACAUCUCAUCACUUUACGUAAACAAGAUUCAAAAUAAAUGGAAAAAAAUUUUAAUUAAGGUAAAAUAAUAAAAAACUGACAACAAAACAAAAAACAAGUAAUAUAAAAAUCUUAAUUAAAAUUAUAUUAAUAUUCUAUUAAUAGUAGUAAAAAAUAAAAAAAGAAAAAAGUAGAAAAAUUUAAUAAUUUUUUUAUUACUUAAGAAGACUAUACAAGGCAAAGGCAAAUUAACUACACAAAUUAUUGAAAACAAAAAAAAUUUAAUUUAAUAAGUAAAAAAAAAAAAGUAAACAAAAAUCAAAAUUAACCAAAAUUUAUAUCUUUUGAAACAGAACAAAAAAAAAAAAGUAAAAUAUAAAAGAAUUGUUUAGAAAAUAAUAAAAAUAAAGUCAAAAUUAGAAUUUUAAGUAAAAAUUAUAUAAACAAUUAAAAAAAUUAAAAAAAUUAAUUAUAAAAUUAUGGAAAACCUUUUGGAAAAUUAUUAAAACAAGUAAAGGAAAAUUUUGUAAUAGAAAAUAUUAUAUAAACAGAAAAAAAAUUUUAAAAGGAAAAGAUCAAAACUUUUUUAAAAUAUGUUAUGCUAUCCAGAAUAUGUACUCAAUAUUAUUUCUUGUUUUUAAAAAUAUUCUUCAAAUAAUUUCUUCAUAUUUUAUUGCAACCCGUACAAAUAACAAAAUUUUAAGUCAAAAAUCUAUAUUCGACAAAAGUAUUCCGAAAUUUUAAUUUGAAAAUCGAAAUUCACUAAUUUAUUAAAACUG